CAGGAAACAAGUGCUUUUUACUUUUUUAGCCCGAUGUUACUCAGCGAUCUUAUUAUGCGAAUACUCUUGAAUAUUAGAAGACUAAGUGUACAAGUUUUAUUGUUUUAGUAGAAGAAGACACCUGUCCUUGGGUUCAAGCCAGAGAAUGACUUUUAUGCAGGCUAUUUUUGAUUAAUUAGAAAAUCAACAAUUGGAAAACAAAAUGGAUGAAACAAACAAUAUACUUGGGUUUGACUUUACCCAUUUACGCAAUGGUCACAAUUGCGAGGAUGAAAAACAAUCAGUUGAUGAUAUAGGGCCCCUCAGAGAACUCGAAAGAAACCUUGAAAUUAAAGGACACAAAUAUGCCGAAAAUGACACAACCAUUGACAGGAGUCUCAUGCUACAAAGUGCCAUUAUUAAAGGUGACAUAAACCAGUUGAAAAUCCUUAACAAACUGAAAAUGAAUUUUAAUCAAUGUAUCAAUGGAAAGCCAGCCUUUCUUCUUGCCAUUCAAUAUCACCAAUUCCCAGCUUUAUCAUAUUUGCUGAAAAAUGGUAUGAAUCUCAACUUACCAAUGACACCUGUCAAUGGAAACAUUAUUCAUUAUUGUAUUGAGAGAAAAUUGUUUAUUGAGCUAAACCAACUCAUAAAACAUAUAUCUCCUGAUGAAAUAAGGAUGCUAAUCAAUAAACCAGACAACAACAAAGACACGCCUCUUUUGAUGGCUAUUAAAACUGAUGCAAUACCUCCUACAACUUUACAGCUGUUGUUAGACGCUGGAGCUGAUAUUUGCCAUAAGGAUGUAAAAGGAAACAACUCAUUACACGCUACGAUUUUAAAAAGAAACUUACAAGUGCUCAAAUUGAUUCUCAAACAAUCAAAGGUUAUUUGUGUCAAGGACGUGUUUGAGCACAAAGGUUGUACUCGAGGGUAUGACAGUUUAAAUAAUGAUAACAGGUUUACAGUAGAUAAGAAUGUCCUUAAUUCACAUGGUGUAAACAACUUUCAGUACGGGUUACUAGGACCUGGUUGUGCUAACACAUGUGACUUGCAGAAGAAUCUUUUCACUGGUUGUACCGAGUCAGAAAUAGUAAUGGAGAGCGACAGUGAAAUAACAGAGAAAAAGAAAAGAGAACCGUCUUAUAUAACAGUGAAAGGACGAGUGAUUGAAAGAUUUCCCAAAGAGGUCAUUAAGGAUAUUGAUAUGUAUGAGGAAAGUGAUAUUCAGAUGGCCAGUAUAGCUUUAAAUGAGUUAAACCAACAUGGAUACGCUCCAUUACACUUAGCAGCUCUAUCAGGCAACUGUAUCAUAGCUGAGACUCUAAUCCAAUAUGGGGCGCAGAAAAAUCGUAAAUCCAUUGAGUGUUACACGCCAUUGCAUUAUGCAGUUUCUGAGCGUGACCUUGCUAUGGUGAUCUUGUUCAUAAAACACUAUAGUGAUCUCAACGCCUGUAUUGACGUUAACAAAGUUACACCGUUAAUGCUUGCUGUAAGGAAAGAUGGCACAGUGAAAUUAACAAAGGAGUUAAUUAAAGGUGGUGCCCUAUUGAAUCUCCAGGACAAUAAUGGCGAAACAGCCCUAGCAACGGGUGUUUAUUUCGGGGCUGAGAGACGGUCGUCACUUCUUAUACGUGAAGGAGCAGACCCAAAUAUAGCGGAUUUCAGGCAGCAUACAACACCUUUAUAUUGGGCCAUUUUCAACAACCGCAAAAACCUUGUGAAGCUUCUGAUGCAUGCUGGGGCAACUCUCACGCACAAGCAGUUCCGGAAAUUUCCACGGAAUUUGAAAAUCAUGCGGGAUACAGAAAUGAAUAGUUUUCUGCAGCAUGAAGUGAAGAAUCCGAAACCUCUUGAGAGACUAUGUAGCUUAGCAGUACGACGUCACAUCAGCUCUAUGAGAGGAGGAAAGGGAGUUGUGGACACUAUUGAACAGUUAGAGUUACCUAAGCGCCUUGAGGACUCGCUGUUGUUGAAUAAUAUAGCAUAGCUACCUCAUAAUGUAAUUUUAGGGGUACUGUUUCGACAUAAGAAGGGGGGUGGUUAGAAUGCUAUUUUGACACGUGAUAUUGAAGUGUUUUCAGACAAUUGACUCACAAAUUCAGAAAAUUUAUUAUACUCAUGUAUUCUAGAGCAUAUGUUUAUAUGUACUCCAUACCAAAAUGCGUACCUUAAGUAUGAUUUUGAAUUUUGGCACUUUAUGAGGAAUAAUGUACCUAGGUCCCAGAACCACAGUAUGUGUGGAAUACAUCUGUUAUGUACGGUUGCUUUAGAUACAGGGUUUAUCCCUCGUGAAAUAAGUGUAUCUCCCUCGGUCCCUCAUAUUUCCCCAUAUAUUCCCAUAUAAACCCUGUAUCCAAAACCUCC